AUGGAUGGCGAAAAUCGGAUUAUACUCAACGUGGGUGGCAUAAGAUAUGAAACUUAUAAGGCGACUUUGAAAAAGAUACCCGCCACACGCCUGUCCCGCCUAACCGAAGCGCUGGCCAACUAUGAUCCGGUAUUGAAUGAAUAUUUCUUCGAUCGCCAUCCGGGUGUGUUUACACAAAUACUCAACUACUACAGAACCGGCAAACUACACUACCCCACGGAUGUGUGUGGACCACUGUUCGAAGAGGAACUUGAAUUUUGGGGUCUAGAUUCAAAUCAAGUAGAGCCUUGCUGUUGGUCCACCUACAGCAUACACCGUGACACGCAGAAUACUUUAGCCAUUUUAGAUAAAUUAGAUAUUGAAAAUGAGAAACCCUCGGAAGAACAAAUUGCACGCCUAUUCGGUUUCGAGGAUGCGCUCAUCAAUGGACGUCUCAGUUGUUGGCAGCGCAUCAAACCGAAAGUGUGGGCACUCUUUGAUGAACCCUCCAGCUCGACGGGUGCUAAAGUGAGUUUGAUUUUUUUCAUCGUAGCUAGUAUGUCAGUUUUCUUUAUAUUCGUUUCUGUGAUAUCGUUCUGCCUGAAAACCCAUCCGGGUUUUCGUGUGGACUUUCCCGCCACUCACACCGAUCACGGACCAAGUCCGUCGGCUGCACCGCAUACACCACCAGUGAAUAUACCAAGUAUACCUCAUCAACACAACAUGCCACAGGUGCCGCCGAGCGCCCAUAUAGCCACCACAGUGACGGCGACGCCGGGUACACGCAGCGGCGCUGUGGGUGGCGUGACGCAGCCGUUGCAUGGGAACAGUGUCGGUGCUGGUAUUGGCAUUUCCACUGUAAUGGGUAUCAAUCACACGCUCGCACACACCUUCAAAGUUACCAACUAUACGGUACCGGGGAAUUCGAGCAGCAGUCAGCCGAUAGCCACAUUUUCGCUAAAGGGCGGCACUUCGAAUCGCAAUCGCCUGAAACGUUCGAUACUGAGCGGUAAUGUGAAAGAUUUGAUCGAACGAAAGUUGCUCGGUGGCGUUGAUCAUCACGCGCAUGGCUGGCAUGAAUCCUAUGGGCAACCGCAUGAGGCAUUUUUCUAUGUGGAGUUGGUGUGCAACGUGUGGUUCUUCAUUGAAGUGCUCAUCAGGCUCAUUGUUUCACCGAAUAUUUGGCAGUUUAUCAAAUCACCAGUAAAUAUAAUCGACUUCACCGCUACACUCAGCUUCUAUACGGACGUCAUGCAACGCAUGGGCGAAUACACGGGGCUGUUGGAGGCUUUCUCGAUAGUGCGCAUUAUGCGUCUCUUCAAGCUGACGCGGCACUCGCCUGGCUUGCGUAUCCUUAUACACACCUUUAAGGCCUCGGCUAAAGAGUUAACAUUGCUGGUCUUCUUUCUGGUGCUCGGCAUAGUCUUCUUCGCCAGUUUGGCUUAUUACGCGGAAAAAUUGCAGGACAACCCGGAAAACCAAUUCAAAAGCAUUCCACUUGGCUUGUGGUGGGCAAUUGUCACUAUGACUACUGUUGGUUAUGGCGAUGUGGCACCUAAAACAUAUCCGGGCAUGUUUGUGGGCGCACUUUGUGCACUCGCCGGCGUAUUGACGAUAGCACUACCGGUGCCGGUCAUCGUUAGCAAUUUUUCGAUGUUUUACUCACACACACAGGCACGUUCGAAACUGCCAAAGAAGCGUAGACGUGUAUUGCCCGUGGAGCAGCCGCGUCGCAAACGUGAACAGGGUCCGCCAACACGUGGCCGUGCGAAUGCCAUCAAACAGACAACUUCACUGCCACAUGGCCACCAUGGCGGACACAGUGGGCACUUGAUGAGCGCCUCCAGUCUACAUGGCCCACCUACGGCGACGACAACGAUGUUCAAGGAUCCCUUCGGUGGUGCCAAAAUCGCGGACUACUUGAGCGUGCCGCCUGUGCAGAGUUUGCAGCCGCGUGCUGCCACCACGGGACAUGAUUUUAUGCUGCCACUACAACCCAAGCUGUUGGCUCCCUUAGAACGCAAAGACCAUCACCAGCUACAGCUUGCGCCACAACAUUUGCCUGGAGCCGAUGGCAGUCACAACGGUGUUCAAUUGCAUCAUUCUCCAGCGCCAUACCACAUCACCGGCGCUCAUCAUUGCAUUAGCGGUGUCGGCGGUGACAGUACCGAUAACAUCAGUGACAGCCAUUCGGGCAGCCGGUCAGCGUUGAAUGUGCCGCCCACCAUUAGCGUGGCCUCGGCGCAAAUGCCACCUGGUGUACGCACACCCAAUCUCAAUGUACGCGCCGCACAAAUACUAGCGGCACAGCAAAUGCGUGAAGCAGCUGCCACCGCCACCGCUACCGCUGCCGCCGCCCAUGGAAAUGCACACCACUCAAGCGGCUGUAAUAUAACGAUUGCGGUUAACGAUGCCAGCAACGGCGCUUCGCUGGACAUUGAGAAAUCGUAUAUGGAAUAUCAACAGCAUCAGCAAACGCAGUGUUCGCCGCAAUGUGCGCAAGGCCCCCUGCAGCACCAACACCAGCACCUAGAACAGCAACAGCAACAGCAACAACACCAUUACCACCCACCACCAAAGGUGACACUGCUAGACGAUGGCUGCAGCAGUGACUACGCCAAUGCGACCGACGAAGGUGAGGACGACUAUGAAAGUCGUAAUGGCAGUGUUAAUGAGUAUACGAAUGGUGACGAUGGCGAUGGCGGGAGUGGUGGUGGUAUUGGCGGUAUUUACGGCACCGAUUUGCGCUGAUUGCGGGACAUCGGUUGGAAAUUUCCAUUUUAAGUGUAUGUGAAAUUCGAGUACAGAAAAGUGGACAUAAACAAGAAUCGUGCAGAUAGUGCCAUGGGUAGAUAUAUCUUAAGUGGAUGUACUCGUAUUGUGGGGACAGUGGCAUCGAGGGGGUUAUAAAAGAUAAUGAGUUUUACCAGAUAACCAUUAAGUAAAAGCA